AUGAAACAAGCUACUUUUUCUUCACCUGAUGAUGCAUCUCAGUAUUUGGCAGACUAUAUCAUAAACAAGAUCAACACGUUCCAGCCAACUCCCAGUAAACCCUUUGUGUUGGGAUUGCCAACGGGAUCGUCGCCAGAGGGCAUAUACGCUAGAUUGAUUCAAGCUUACAAACAGGGCAAGGUGAGUUUCAAAAAUGUCGUGACUUUCAAUAUGGAUGAGUACUUGGGUUUAUCGCCAUCAAACGAGCAAUCGUAUCACUACUUUAUGUAUGACAAGUUGCUCAACCACAUCGAUAUCCCAAAGGAAAACAUCAACAUUCUCAAUGGAUUGACCAAAAACAUUGAAGAGGAAUGCGCGCGAUACGAGGCUAAAAUAAAGAAAUACGGCAGAAUCCAUUUAUUCCUUGGUGGAUUGGGCCCCGAGGGCCAUUUGGCAUUUAACGAAGCAGGCUCUACAAGAGAUUCCAAGACGAGAAAAGUGGAAUUGGUUGAAUCUACCAUCAAGGCAAAUGCAAGGUUUUUCAACAACGAUUUGAACAAGGUGCCCAAGAGCGCCUUGAGUGUGGGAAUAUCGACCAUAUUGGACAAUUCCGACGAAAUAUCGUUGAUUGUACUCGGCGAAAACAAGAGCUUUGCCUUGGACAAGACUAUAAAUGGUGAAAAGAACGACUCGAGGUACCCUUCAAGUUAUCUCCAAGACCAUUCAAACGUGUUGAUUGUAUGUGAUAAUGCUGCUGCUGGCUUGAAAUCGAAAUUGUAA